UCAGUUGAGCGUGCGGUGGAGAGCAAGUGCAGCCGGUCAGCGAAAAUUCAUAAUUAAGGCAAACGAAGAAAACAACAACAAAGGCAGGCAAAAAGAAUGAUUGCGCAAAGUAUAAUCAGCAAACUGCGUCCGUGCGGCAUCCGGCGCCUGGCGAGCACCAAGGCGAGCAGUGCACCCAAAUUCAAUUGGCAGGAUCCGCUCAAUUUGGAGAGUCAGCUAACCGAGGAGGAGGUGGCCGUUCGCGAUGCAUUCCGCGGCUACUGCCAGUCGCAGCUGUUGCCGCGCGUCAUUCUCGCAAAUCGAUUGGAGCAAUUCGAUAAGAAGAUCAUGGAGGAGAUUGGCAGCCUGGGCGUACUGGGCUGCACACUGCAGGGCUAUGGCUGUGCCGGCGUCUCCAAUGUGGCAUACGGUCUGCUCACGCGCGAGGUGGAACGCAUUGAUUCUGCCUAUCGUUCCGCGGUGAGCGUGCAAAGCUCCCUGGCAAUGGGCGCCAUCUAUGAUUAUGGUUCCGAUGAGCAGAAGCAAAAGUAUUUGCCAAGCAUGGCGCAGGGCAAGCUGAUAGGCGCCUUUGGACUUACCGAACCGAACCAUGGUAGUGAUCCGGCUGGCAUGGAAACCCGAGCUAAAUACGACAGUAAAACCAAAACCUACAUACUGAAUGGCUCGAAGACAUGGAUAACGAGUGCGCCCAUUGCCGAUGUGAUAGUCGUGUGGGCCAAGGGCGAGGAUGGUAAAGUGCGCGGCUUUAUUGUCGAUCGGAGAUUGUCUGGUAAGGGCCUGGACACGCCCAGGAUCGAAGGCAAGUUCUCGCUGCGUGCCUCGCCCACGGGCAUGAUAAUGAUGGAUGAUGUACACGUGCCCGAGGACCUGCUGCUGCCCAACGCCCUCGGCUUUAGCGCACCGUUCAAUUGCCUGAACAACGCUCGUUAUGGCAUUGCCUGGGGAGCACUGGGUGCAGCGGAGGCUUGUGUGGAAACGGCGCGUCAAUAUACGCUGGAUCGCAAGCAAUUCGGACGACCACUGGCCGCCAAUCAGUUGAUCCAAAAGAAACUGGCUGAUGCCACCACGGAAAUAGCGCUUGGCCUGCAGGCGUGCCUGCAUGUGGGUCGCCUCAAGGAUCGCAAACUCCAUACGCCCGAGAUGAUCUCGCUGCUAAAGCGCAACAACGCGGGCAAAGCCCUGGACAUAGCGCGUCAGAUGCGCGACAUGCUCGGCGGCAACGGCAUCAGUGAUGAGUACCAUGUGAUCCGGCAUGUCAUGAAUCUGGAAUCGGUGAACACCUAUGAGGGCACUCAUGAUAUUCAUGCCCUGAUCCUUGGACGUGCCAUUACCGGCUUGGCUGCGUUUGCCAAUUAAAGCUAACUCGCGCAUUUAUCUAUGUUUCUAGUUUAUAAAUUUAGCUAGGCAAACAAAAUAAAAAGCAAUAUUAAAUUCGUUUCUAGCCAAGAGAUGUUAACACUUUCCUAGUAUUAAAUCGAAUUUUAUAUUAAAGACAAAACGGUUGCAACCGAAACAAAUCUUUACACGAAAACUCUAACCCAGGCAAGUUUCUGAAACCCUUUAUUAUUGAGGAAU